UGCCGGGCGGGCGGGCGCACAGAUCCGUCGAGCGAUUUAAAAAUAAAAAAAUAAACCUCCGCGACCGUGAGCGCAGUUGAAGCUGACAUCGAAUACGUCCUCCGUCGGAUGUGAUUUUACCGAUCUGGCCGGGAGCAGCACCUGACCGCUGGGAUCGGAAUGGAGCGGAUCUUGCAGCAUGGGCAGCUGAGUGAGUGAGAAAUCGGAGCCGGGUGUCUCUCACGCGGUGAGACACCGCGAGGAUUCUAGUGGAAGAGGAUCACCAACUGCUCCCUGGCACACGGUUCACCCGACUCACACGCGCACCGCGUGUGAGUCUGCUGCCUGUCGUGGAGAAAUCUACACAGCAGCAGCAGCAAGAGAAGCGGCGCCGCAACUGAUUUGUGGGAGUGCAGUGCUCGUCGCUUUAUGUUUUACAUUUAUUUAUUCAAGAACAAGUGGUAGCUGAGAAGAUGGCUUCCCAUCGGAGGACGACUCUGUUUGAAGUAAUGGUAGCACAGCUGCUUAUGUGGCAGCUGUCAGCUCUCAAUAUUCCCCUUGACUACAAAUUGCUUGAAGAGUUCAAACAACCUCCAACCAUCACGGCUCAGUCACCAAAGAACUACAUUGUGGACCCCCGAGACAACAUUGAGAUUCAGUGUGAAGCUAAGGGCAAUCCACCACCAAGCUUCCACUGGACGAAGGACGGCGUCGAUUUCCACCCGGAGGCCGACGAACGCGUGCAGAUGCGCGCCGACUCGGGGACGCUCGUCGUGGACGUGGUUGGGGGCGGCCGGGCCGAGCGCUACGAGGGGGAGUACCAGUGCCGAGCGAGCAACAGCGGCGGCACGGCGCUGUCCGACCGCAUCACCGUGCAGCUCUCGAGGUCUCCGCUGUGGCCAAAGGAGGUGAUCGACCCGGUGCAGGUCAAGGAGGGCUCGUCAGCUGUGCUGCCCUGCAACCCCCCACCUGGAAUCCCACCGCCCGUCAUCUUCUGGAUGGACCACGUCUUGCAGAGGCUAGCUCAGGACGAGCGCGUGUCCCAGGGCCUCAACGGGGACCUCUACUUCUCCAACGUGCGCACAUCAGACACACGCGAUGACUACAUCUGCUAUGCUCGCUUCGUGUACACGCAGACCAUCCAGCAGAAGCAGCCCAUCAAGCUGACGGUGCAGCCAGUUGAUGCCAGUAAUGAUACAGAGUCUGCUAAUGCCAGUGAUGCUGACAUAAAUGGUGGGAGCCGCGUGGAUCUGUACCCGCCACACUUCCUCUCUCCCGUCGGUGCCUCCAGCACUAAGAUGGUGCUCAAAGGAGACGUCCUGAGCCUGGAGUGCAUCGCAGCCGGCCUGCCGACGCCACGCAUCCAGUGGUACAAGUCUGGCGCGGAGAUGCCGUGGGAGCGCGCGAAGCUCCUCAACUUCAACAAGACGCUCAUUCUGGCAAACGUGACGGAGGGUGACGACGGCAACUACGUGUGUCUCGCUUCCAACCGGCUGGGAGCCCAGAGGCACACGACCACCGUCUCCAUCGAAGCCGCCCCCUACUGGCUCACGGAAGGGCCUGAGAGCCGCGUGGUUCAGCCGGGCGAACAGACGGCCAUCAUGUGCCGCGCUACCGGCAACCCCAAGCCGUCGAUUCGCUGGCUCCUCAACGGAGGGCCCAUUGAAGAAGCUGGCAACGACCCGAACAGGAAGGUGGAUGGUGACACCAUCAUCCUGUCAGACCUGCCCGAGGGGAUGAGCGCUGUGUACCAGUGCGAGGCCACCAACAAGCAUGGCUCCAUCCUCGGCAAUGCCUUCGUCAACGUGCUGGCUGUUCCACCCAGGAUCCUGUCACCAAUGAAUAAAGUCUAUGCUGCCGUGGUGAACCAGACGGUGCACAUUGAGUGCAAGGUGUUCGCUUCGCCACAGCCCACCUUCAUGUGGUUCAAGGACGCCCACGGAGGGAAGCUGGAAGGUCCGCGCUACCAGGACUCGGCGGCGAGCGACACGCUGGUCGUCCCGCGGGUGCAGAAGGGCGACGCGGGCGUCUACACGUGCCACGUGCAGAACUACCUCAACAAGAACCAGAGCCUGGCUCGGCUGCUCAUCAAGGACCCAACGCGGAUUGUGCAGCCCCCAUCGGAGCUGCGCACCCAGCGAUUUGGCGUUGCUACGUUUGAGUGCCAUGCCACCCACGACCCCAGCCUGAGCCUCAACAUCUCUUGGUUCCAUGACGGAUACCCGCUUCCAGAGAGCCCCAGACACGAGCUGGAAGGGAGUGGCCUGACCAUCGUGAACGUGACGGAGGAGGACGUUGGCCACUACAAGUGCAGAGCCUCCACGGAGUUGGACCACGCCGAGGCAGAGGCUCGACUCACCGUCAUAGACUCCCCAGACGCCACCCUAUCCUCUCCCGAGCUCAACGCGACGCUAGUUAGCUCUCCCUCUAUACCCAGCCCCGUCGGCGGUGUGGCGGUAACGAUAGACCGCCCGGAUUCACCCAUGGACUUGGAGCUGACAAACCGACAAGACCUGAGCGUGCGUCUCACCUGGAAUCCUGGCUCCGAGAACAAUGACCCCAUCAAAGAGUUCGUGGUGGAGUACGAGGAGGACUGGUUCGAGCCGGGCGUGUGGCACAGGCUCAGCUCGUUCCCAGGCUCCCGCAACUCGGUGCUGCUCGACUCGCUGUCGCCCUACGUCAGCUACCGCUUCCGCGUCAUCGCCGUCAACUCGGUGGGCCCGAGCGAGCCCAGCUUCCCGACGGAGCGCUGCCUCACCGUUUCCGCGAGUCCUCAAAUAAAUCCAUCGGGUGUGAAAGGGGAAGGAACCAAUCCCACGAACAUGAUCAUUUCCUGGACGCCCAUGCGAGGAGUGGACCAGAACGGCCCAGGCUUCGGCUACCGCGUGUCGUGGCGUCUCCAGUCGAGCGGCGACGCGGAGUGGACGACGGAGACGGUGCUCAACCGCUCCCACGUGCUCGUGUCGGGCACGCCCACCUUCUCGCCGUACGAGAUCCGCGUGCGCGCCGUCAACAACAUUGGCCUGGGACCCGAGCCCGACGUCGUUAUUGGAUAUUCUGGGGAGGACGUUCCUUUGGAGUCGCCCAAGAACGUGCGUGUGGAGGUGCUGAACAGCACCAUCAUCAAAGUGACGUGGGAGCCCGUGCCUCUGGAGUCGGUGCGCGGACAUAUCCUGGGCUACAGGGUGCACUACUGGCGCGUGCGGGCGCUGGGGGAGCGCAGGCGACGCCGGUCAAACCGGGAGGUGAUGGAGUUCCAGCCAGUCCGCACGCACGGCGUGGUGCCAGGCCUGCGCCCCUACAGCCUCUAUCAGCUGGAAGUUUGCGUGUUCAACCGCAAGAGCGAUGGCCCGGCCAGCACCCGGCAGCAGUUCCACACGCCGGAGGGAGUGCCCAGCCAGCCUGAGAAUUUGCGCCUCUACAGACCAUCGCAGACUUCGCUCAAGAUCGAUUGGGAUCACCCGGAGCUUAUCAACGGCCGGCUCACAGGCUACUCCUUACAGUACCAGACAAUCAACUACACGAAUGAGCUGGGCCCGCUGAAGAGCAUCGACAUCCCCACGGCCAACGCCUCCAGUUGGACCCUGCGGGACCUUCCUCCAAACGGCCGCUACAAGGUGUACGUGCGGGCACGCACACACGCGGGUCUGGGUGCCGCCGCCUUCGAGGAGGCAACCACCGUCAUGGAACGCGCAGCCCAGAUUGUGUCGGUGGCCGGAGAGGAGUUUGCUAACGUGAGCUGGAUGCCGGCAGCGUUCCGUGCCGGCACGGUGUUUUAUAUCGAGUACAUGCUUAACAACAGUGUCGAGGGCUGGGAGAAGAGCCUGCGCACCCCUUCCGUUAACACGUCGCAGAGUUACAUUGUGGUGCAGGGCCUAGAGGCCGGCACAACCUACAAAAUGCGCUUGGCGUCGGCGUUGCAGGCCAGCGUUAGCUUCAGCGAGGCCGUGGUCUUUGAGGCCCGAGCUGAACCCAGCCAGCAAGUGAACAUACCCACGCAGGGCUGGUUCAUCGGGCUCAUGUGCGCUAUUGUCCUGCUCGUGCUCAUCAUCCUCAUCAUCUGUUUCGUACGACGCAACCGAGGAGGGAAGUAUCCCGUUAAAGAGAAGGAAGAUGCUCAUCCUGAUCCCGAAGCACAGCCGAUGAAGGAAGACACGUACAGUGAGGACGAGAAAGUUCCAGACGGUGUCGGCGGCAAGGGCGGGCGCCCAUCCCCAAACGGCUCGGUUCGCCGGGGCGGUAGCGCCGACAGCCUGGUGGAAUACGGAGAGGGCGGCGAGGGGCAAUUCAACGAGGACGGCUCCUUCAUCGGCCAGUACACCGACCGCAAGGAUCGCGCCGAGCCCGGUCCCGACGGCGAGGAGAGCUCCACCACCACCUCGCCCAUCAACCCGCUCAACCCCCUCAAUGGGCCCACGGCAGCUGCCCCAGCGACUCCCAACAACCACCUGGCCUAAGGCAGUGGCGGCACCUCCCCACCACCACCACCCUGUUGUCUGUCCGGCUGUUGUUAGUUGGUGACUGUGACCCACCGCUUGCGAUGGUUUUGGCUAUUCGAGUGACGUCGCUCAUCACCGUCGCAUGGCUCAUGGCUCCAGGUUGAGGAGGCUACGUAAUCCACCGUGGGUUUUUUGGGUUAAUGCGUGCGGCUUGCUCAAAGAGCAUCUGUAAUGUGACGACGACGACGACACUUUCUCAACCUGCAGCUCGUGCAGUUUAACGGGUGAACCAUUCUGGCGUGUGUCCCGCAAAGUUCCAUCGUCACAGGUGGCCUGUGCAUUUUUAUUAUCGGUGAAGCCGCCUUGCUGUGUGUCACCUGAGACUGAAAAUUCCUAAGCGGACUUUUGCCUGCCCCAACUAGAGCCCCGACCCAGCACCGUGGUCGUCAGUGAUGUACAUUGAAAAACGCCUAGUUAACCGAGGUUGGGCUGGUUGUGCUAUGGCUGCUGGAGUCUUCACAAGAAGUGUCUCUCAGUGCUGAAAUUCGUCCCCCACUCGCAAUGAAGGGGUUUGGAAUAUUUAAUCUAAAGCCCCUCGGAGAUGAGGCCAUGUUCCACACCCACUCCCCACGAUUGGAAACGCUUGCCCAAAGGAACUAAUUUACCCUUAAUCAUGAAUAAUAAUUUCUAAUAGUAAUAAUCAUAGUAUCAUACUGUAUUUGAAAAAAAAGUUUUGCUGGCUGAGUUCGAGCGUCGCGCUGACGUGAGAUAUCCCACCCACCCUUAACCCUGGAUGUGUAUCCCGCGGAGAUUUGUGGGCAGUGCUAAAUACAAAUAUUAACAGACUAACCAAUAAAAUGGCACGCUUAUGGCAUUGGAAGAAAUUUCACAGUUCCAUGGAGGGCGCUACAGCUGUCAAAACUGGGGAAUGAGCUGAUGUCGUCGUCACCUUCAAAUGUCCUUACAUGUAAUCAGAUUACACGCCGACGUAAAUUACAGUCAUGCCUGAUGACAUAUACUCAUCUGAUUACAAGUGGAAAACUCUGAUUACGUCUUGCGGUGGUAACGAAUAGCGUCCCACUUGCACCCGUGCUUGUAUGCACCUGCGCGUGCGUGUGCGUGCUUGCAUGAGUGCGCGUGCGUGCGUGUGUGUGCGCACGUGCGUUCGCUUUAGGUAAUAUUUUUUAGGUAAUAUAUUUUUUUUAAUGGACCUCUUGAUUGAGCUGCUGCUGCCUGGCACGAGAGAGCUGUGUGAGGUCUCGUUUGCGCGUACGCUGUGUUGUGAGUGGUGGGAUGUCAGUGGAAGUGUCAACGGUUUGUGGCAGGCCGCUUUAACAGUUGCGAAAGCUCUUUCGAAUUAUUGUUACUUUUAUUUUUUUAUGGACUCGGCAGUCACUUAUAUUUGCGAUUAGAAUGUAUCAUUUGUGCUGCUUCAUCUGCCUGGAUAGUUAAUGUUAUUAGCAAGGAUGCUCCGUGUUAUGAUUCCACACUGGAAUUAUAUAUUAAAAAAAUAGCUUGCUUGCUUGUGGGAAUGAAAGGGAUGUUUUGUUUAUUAUAUAAAAUAACAUUAAUAUAAUACAUGUUAAAGAUGUUGAACAAAAAUUUUAAGAAAAAAUGUAUAAUUACUGAUUAUAAAAGUUUAGCAAUGAAAUCAAUUCGUAAUUCAGAUGCAUUCCACAUAGCACAAUGUAGUACCGAAUUAUAUACAAAUGCAGCAACUCUUUUUCAAGAACUAGCAAAUAUAGGACGCAUCAUGCACAGACGUUUGUUAAACACCAAUAAUUGUCACAUUAUUUACAAUACAUUUAUAAAUCGCUGUCACAUAAGUCGAUUGGGUAAAUCAGGAUGCUUAUUUUAAAAGAAAGCCCCGUGAAAUGAAGCAUACAUGAAGGUUAAAAAAAUGUCCACCUUUUGAAUGCUACAUAAAAAAAUAUUUGGUUAUGGACCGUAUUGACACCUUUACGAUUAUAUGCAAUUAGUUGCUUGAAAUAGUUUUGUGCGAUUCACCCAUGUUUAAGUUGGUUUAGCCCAAGGUCUGCGUCUAUAUAUGCUCACGCAGAACAGUCUGACCAAUCGCACUGCAGAAGUAAAUGCUUCAUCCCCUAUCGUUGCUGUGGUCUUGCAGUGCAACAGCAUUCAAUCAGCCGAGGAGAUGGUUACGCGUGACGUAUCUCACUUGUAACAAUGCCAAGACAAAGAGAAAUAACAAGCUAAAGGUCGCAAUGCAUUUAAUACCACAAAUUGAAUUGCUGCGAGCAGAAUUCAAUACGCGUGCAUUUUUCAAAAGCACCUAUAAAUGACAAAUUUAAAAAGAGAUUCCAGUUUUAUUAAAACAUUAUCUUUGACUUCCCAACAAUGUUCAGCAUGCCAUUUUUUACUCACAAGGCAGCACGUGGUUUUCAAUAGCUUUAUGAACCUAUCAACUUCAAUUAGACAUUUCACAUAAUAUAAACCUCUGCACAGUGCAGCUACGGUCGUGUAAAUGUGUUGUGAAUAAAUAAUAACAGGCGUUAUUAUUUCACAAGUGCCACUGCGGCCAAGUCAGGUUCCCACGAGUCACAACGCCGUUAAUGAGAAUAAUUUAAGUCGCAGCAGUAAUAACACCGCGCGCAUUUACACGCGGCACAUUUCUCUCAAGAGUGCCAUUGCUUUCAGCGUUGUUUUCGGAAGAGGUGCAGAGAUGCAAUGGUAUGAACAUGUCUUUUUUUUUACUCGAUUCAAAAAGCUAAAAUGUACAUGUUUAAUAACGUGUACAUUUUUUUGCGCGCAGUUUCUUAAGUAAUUGCAGGGGACGUUAUACAAAGCACAACUAAAACUGUAGGUGCUUUCCAAUUAUUAUUUUCUGUACAAUAGUGUAGCUCUGAAUUAUGGACCAAACUGCGGUGGGUCACGUGUUUUUUGGUAGUUAUUCUUUUUGUAGGCAUAGGAUUACGAAUAUCCCUACUCGAAAAAAAUAAUCUUUGAGCCAGCAGUGGGAGUUGCACAUUUACAUUUUGAGAGCAAGUCUCCCCAUUGGAUAACUAACUACAGUACUUUUAAAUAUUCCAGUGUAAUCAGAUCAUUGGUGGUGGUCUGAUAAUAAUAUAACUUUUUAACACGUAGGCUUUCGCGACCAAUAUCCAUAAUAGAGGUGUGUUUUGGGUUAGAUCGUGUAAAUAUGAAUGCGUCGUUAAAGCCACCGCCACCACCCGACAAAGCCAAUUAGUAAGGUUUGUCACAUAAACAGAACAUGCCUAUUCGUUACUCGUAUGGCACACCGGUGUGUUGGAGAAUAAACCCACAACAUUUACAAUUCGAGUACGACGUUUCGCCAAUAAUUACAACUAGCAUCAGGCGACAGCCAGAAUUGACAGCCAGAGUUGGCUGUCGCCUGAUGAUGCUAGUUGUAAUGACUGACGAAACGUCGUACUCGGAGUUGUAAAAGUUGUGGGUUUACUCUCCAACAUAUCAGUGUGCCGUACUAGUAACGAAUUUACUUGUUCUGUUUACAUGACAAACCUUACUAAUGGCUGUGUCAGGUGGUAGCGAGUUUAACGACAGAUUUAUAUUCAAUCGAUUUAACCCAAAAACCUCUUAAGGAUAACAAUGUACCUUCAGCUAUAAAUAAUAAUAGUUAUUUACAACGCUUUGUCAAUCCACUGCUGUAUCAAGGCCUUCCCCAUCCAUAUCUACAAAGGGAUUAUUUGAUCAUCCCUCAGGAAUAAAUAUCAACUUAUAAAUACCUUAAAUUUCGAUUUAAAGCUUUCGUGACUGCAGGGAUUCAUCUUCUUGUUUCUUUCGGUAAAGUCACGUCUUUGAACACAGGUCAUCUGGUAUGUAAGAAAUAUUGUGCCCUGGCAAUAUAAUGUGUGCAUACAAUAUUUGUGUACUGAUAUCUAAGGAAUUUGACAUUCCCUGCAAAAUUCAUGGUAUAUGCUAUACUGCCUUUCCGGCAUGCUGAUCAUGUUCAUAUAAUUUAGUUGAAAUGUAAAUGAGCAAAAUAAUAUAUUAAUAUACUUCCUGACGCUUUCGACUUAAUUAAAUUCAAACAAAUUUCAAAGCAAACUUGUAAUAAGUUUUAAUUGAAAUGUAUGAUACAUAUUAAUCACGGCUCAAUUCACAACAAUAAUUAAAUGUAUGAUGUUAGGAACCGUCACAUCUUGGCUACAGUGCAUUCUUAAUUGUUUAUGUCAAUGAUUGAUAUUUGUUAAACGGAAUCGGCUUAAAACUAGAUUACCGCUAUAAAAAGAAUGCAUACAAAAUUUUCGGCAUCUAUAAAUUAAUACCGUAAUGGUAUUUUUUAUGCAAAAAGGUAAUAUAAACUGGUUUGAUUAAUAACAACUUUCCGUUGGGUCAGAUCGUGUAGGUGUAAUGUAUUUUUCCUUAACUAACACAUUCCUGCGGAGGGAGCUGGUAGGAACGUUGGGUUGCUCGGUCAAUGGCCAGGGUCAACGGCGGCGUGGUGUAUUCCGCAAAUAUGCCCGACUGUGAGGGCGGGCACAAGCCAGCGUGAGUAGGUUAAACGUUGAGUUUUAUAAGGGCACCACGGGGUGACCAGCCCCUCCCCACCCAGCCCCACCCCUCCCACCCAGCCCUACCCUCCCCACCCAGCCCCUCCCCACCCUCCCCACCCAGCCCCUCCCCACCCUCCCCGCCCAGCCCCUCUCCACCCUCCCCAAGCAGCCCCUCCCCACCCAGCCCCUCCCUGCACGACGGACACAAUAAUCCCCUGUGGGCUAGUGUAACCAAGAGGUUCCUACCAGUAUAACCUCCACCACUUCACCGCUCCAAUCAAAUCAAGUUGUCACGUGGUGGGAACAUUUGUAAUUUGAUUUUUCUUUUUUUUCAGCAAACCGCAAGAAUGUUGUAAAGAAAGCAAUGUGUUGCCACUUUUGGUCCGAUGUUUCGCUGGAGAUUGCAUCGAGCAUCAUCGGCUGUUAACAACAUUUGAGGUCUCACGUGGAGGUUUAUAGUAAAACAAACAAUUGACGUUAUACCUAGAUGAUCUAACCCAACAGAAACGAAUAGCUAAUCAUAUUGGUCGUGAAAGCUUACGUAUAAGAUAAAACACACAAUUACUUUACUAAAAUGAUUGUGUUAACAAUAGAUAUUUGAAAAGAUGUGUAACAAUUUUAAACAUGGUUUUUAGAAUUUUAGAAAUGGAGAUAUUCCUUUGUAGGAUUAUCUGUAAAGUACUUUAAAAUGCGAGCUCUCUAUUUAGCAGCGAACAAUUUUAAAAUAAUAUUGCACGAAACGCUAUCGCGAUGGGUUCUUGACACAGUUCUUGAUAGCUGGAAGUAUGUAGUAAUGUUGAUGUUUGCUUUUGAGACAGCUUAAUAUUGAAAAGGAAACAUGCCUAUUUUCAUUGUAUAAACUUUCGGGUAUGUUAAUGUGUUUACAUGUUGGGCAUAUUUUAUUCUUCUUAAAAUCACCUCUUCUUAAACUCACCUUUUUCACAUGGUAAUUCGGUACUAGUUAAGUUCAAUGCAGCAUAUAAUGCGCGUGUGUACACUGACACGUAAGUGCAGUGGCGAUUGUAAUGGAAAGCGCGCACAGCACGAGAGCGAUAACAGACGUGGUUUUAAACCAGCUUCCUCUGCAUGCACACACUCCCCCUACUGGUGACGAUUAGGCUAUUGCAGCCCCCUCCCCCCCCCCCCACAAUUCACAGGUAAAAUUAGUUUUUAUCGGAGUAUGUGAUGUCAUGCGAUGGCAUAUACUUCUCUACCUCCUAAGUUAUAAUAUAAUUUGCCCAUUAGAUUGUAUGUCAGUGAAUACAACUCACCUACGAAUAUAAUAAUUAUUUGCUGUCGGAAAUUGUUAUUAUAGGAAACUUGUCAUCUACCAGAAAACAACAACAACAAACUAUCCGUAGAAAUAUAUUUCUAGAGAAUGGGGCGAGAUCGUGUUACAUAGGGUGGUUGAUUUGACCUUCACUUUGAAAGAUAUAUAGUAUUGGUGCCAGCUGCCAGGGCUUCAUUUCUUCAGGAAUAUUUGUCCCUUCCCCCCUCCCCCCAUGGACAGCUGGGAGGAUUGGGAAGGGGGGGGGCAUAUUUUCUGGAACUCAGCCCUGGAGAGCCCAAUCUGGUUGGUACGGACAAAUUUAAUCCCGAGAAAGGCAUGUUCACACUUGAACCCAUUGUGGAUGAUGCACAUUGUUGUGCGCAUUUGGCAUGAAAGCCGAGCGAUUAAAAAAAAAAAAACAGAUCCAUUCUUCGAAAUCGCUUCUCAUAUAAGCUGCAGACAUUUCACAGCCGCUUGUGAUUGAUAGAGUCUUGUCAGUGGCGGUGUCGUGUGUGUGUGUGUGUUCCCACGUGGUCUACGUCAAUCAAAGGCUGAAAUCAAUUGAUUUUACUCUUCGGAUUUCAAGCGUUUGCCGAGUCCAAUGGGGCUGGGGGCUUUCUCGUGAGUGCCAUCGUACCGUCACACAUUUACCCCUCCCCACACUCCCCACUGCUGUCUGUUACUAAGUCGAUGUCAUUUAGGAGUCUAUGGGUCAUAAUCUAACAUAGCAGCCUGUCAUGUGAACCACACGCAAGCAUUCUAUCAUUAAGGCAUUGACUUAACGCGCUGUCGCUGGUUACGUAAGUACUGUCUUGGUGAAAUAUAAAUAAACGGUCUUUUGUUAUGGAACAAGUUUUGAAAAUAAGUUGGAGCAACAUAAGGGCAGGAUACACUUCAAGCCCCCUUCAUAGAAUGUCCAGUGAUGGCAACAAUUAGACUGCAUCAUGUGUAAUAGGUGUAUGACCUGAUUAGCGGAGGUUAUGUUAGGGUAAGUUUUCUUAUUGAAGUUUGGGUAUUACCCAGAUAAUGUGUUUUUGUAAUAUAAAAAAUAGUUUUGGCACCUUCUUCACGUCCAAAGUCCACAUUGUAUUACAUAGGGUACACUUCAAAUCUAUUAAGAACCUUAAAAUAACAUUGCCUCUAGUGUUUUCAUUUACGGUCGCGGGGAAAGUUGGCCUCCCUUCUGCCCAAAGACACACCGCCAAUUUUGCAGAACAUAUUGAGUUUCCGCUUGUUAAACUUGGUGCGUGUUUUUUUUUAUAAUAACGUGGGAGUAAAUGCUGUAACAUUUUAUGUCCAUAAAUCUUCGGUGACCUCCACUGCGAAUGCGCCGCAGUUACACGAGACGUGGCUCUCAGUGCUUCUGGAUCUUGCAUGUUGCAGCAGGUGGACGCGGCUUGCAGAAUACAGAUGUGUUUCCCAAAUUUGCAAACCCCAACUACUUUAACCCAGGCAGAUGGACCUUAAUUUGCUAAUUCUUGUAUUUUUUUUACUUUUAACUCCAUUGAGACCACUUGUUUUGAGCUGACGUGACAUUUUGUCCUGAAUCAAGAUAACUUUACCAGCUUUAGUUUCGUGGUUAGUGCUGUUGCAAGAUACUUUACCACAUUGAGUGGAUCUAUGUUGUUGAGUAUAGCUUAACAUUCGUGGAUUUCACUUAUCUUUACCAUGGCUGUAAAUAUAAAUUAUCAGUCCAUUCAGGUAUAAUAAAACAACCAGAGUGCAACAAAAGAUAUCUACAGAUACGCGAAGAGACAGCAAGAGGGGCACAUGUAUUAGAGAACACACCCAGGUUAAUGGCAUCAAAAAGUUAAGAAAAGUAAGUGGGUCUGGGCAGUACCGGUUACUGGAAGAGAUCGAUAAUGGGAAAUGGACGUUUAAGAAAAAUAACAGCGGCAACCGAGUUUGGUGGCAGCUUGAGGAAGCCUUCAUCCAGCAGUGGAUUGACUGUGGAUGAUGAUGAUGAUGAUGAUGAAAAUGGAAACGUGAAGAAUUAUGUAUUUUAUGAGACGUAAUUCUGCCUCUCGUGUACACGUUUUGCUCCCUUUAUGCGGGUUCGGUUUGUGCGAUUUUGCGUAUAUGUGGCUAACCUAUUUCUCCACAUUUCACUCGAUGCGAUUUGAAUUCACUCAUUUGUGGCUAUGCGGUCAGACGUGGGACAACAUUUUGUAUUCUGUACGCACUGCUUGGUCGGCAGCUGUCUUGUCCGGUGCAUUGUGGGUGGGUGACAGUCUGUGCCACGGGUUUUCACUUUGUGCGCCAUCGUUUUGGAACGCAUCUGCCGCGUAAAGCGAUGAAAACCUGAAUUUACACUGUGUGGAGUUUCUAACCCAACCUUAAACACGAACCUGUUUUCACCUGAACACUUUCUCCACACUAUGACAUGGAAAUCACUCAUGUCACGCAAAAAUGACCACCUUUCCAAUUUUACAUAAAAUAUCUAAACUGUUACAGCAUUGGGAAAUGUGAUGUAUGUUUUUUUGAAGCAAAUAUUUCAAAGUAAUCACUGUGAUCCGUGUUUGUUUUUGGGGUUAGGUCAUGUAACACCGUAUUCUUUAUGGGCUACGUUUCACAGCUAGCUAAACCGUAUUAUCUGUAAAGAGAUGAAGACGUUAGACAUUUCCAGUGAUGUGACUUAAACUACAUAGCUCAUUGGACAGAGGCUGCACAUCCUUUAAUCACAAGAAACGCAACAUUGCAUUGUCCAAAACUGGACACCCGACGUAACCGUACCCCGUUCGUGCGUGUAAAUAAUUGUAGACUAAUACACGAGAUCCUGAAAAACAAAUGAACAAAAAUGCUUGUUUCAUUUCUCCUUUUUUUUGUAAGUUUAUUUGCAGGUGAACGUUUGCGUUUUGUAAAUGACAAUGCAUAGGACUUGCAUAAAGGCUGUAAUUUCUUUGUAUAUUUUUUAAGAAAAAGCCAUGUAUACAUAUAUAGUUUCUUGCGUUUUAAUACAUUGUUUAUUAUUGUAAUAUUAAAACUGCCAUGUGUCGUUUUGCUUACUUAGUUUUGAAAUACUAGACAAGUGAUUGAUUGGUAUUCCCGGUUUUGUUUCUUUUCGGGAGCCUCCUCACUGUGGCACACUUGUUAUGAACUCUGUGUGUGCGCGUGUGGGAGGCGUGGUGUUAUAUUGGUUAGCAUUUUCACUCUCCAAACUUGGCUACCUGGGCUUUGAUUCCUUGGCCAUGCCGCAGACACCAGCGGGCAGCUGAUUUCUAAACUUACCUUGGGGCACUACCCGAGGUUAGUUUAGCCUAAACACUUUGUUGUGGUGUGUCAGCAUCAACGAUGUAGAGAAAAAGGUGGCCAGGUUUGAAUGAUGCUUGCACGCAACCACCUCUCUCUCUCAUGCGCCAUGCUGGCCUUAAUAGGUGCUCAUUAACAGCACUUGCCCCCUCCAGUCUAUGAAGCUAAAUGGGGAAUAUUUGUGCGUAUGUGUGUAUAAAUAUGUUAGUCUUAUAUACCACUGUUUAACUAUAGAAACUGCAGAACGCUAAACCAAACGACGUUAAAUCGGACAGCAAAUGACAAGAACUUUGACCUACUAACAUCUUAGCCAAGGUCAAAUUCAAUGAUGACUCACAAGGGUGAUACACUAUAGUGUACACAACGCAAGCUAAUGUGGGAAUGGACAGACCACGUUGUCUGCUGGUGGCCUUAACGUUUACUGCAGGUAGAAUCCUAGGACCCCACCGGACAUUACUGUUCACGUGACAACGGAGGCUCCCUUAUUGUGCCGGUUUGUCCAGCUUGUUCUUUUUUAAAAUUGCAAAAAAAAAAAUAUUGUGAAAGUUGUGCGGCUGCUGCUGCAUAACUACGAUUAAUUCAUGAGUUUUGUAAUGUGCGUGGUCUAUUGCCAUGUUAUAAUAACGCUGUAUGAUGUCAUCACUGCUAAUACAUUGCGUUGCGAAGAACAAACUAGAAUACGGUGGUUUGUCUGAUGAUGUUGAACAAAACCGUGUAAAGUUAAAAUGAAUUUCUGAAAACAUGUACAUGUUCUGGUACGAACACGACAGUGUAGACCUGCUUGUCAUAUUGCUUAUGCUGUGGUAAUGUGUUCUUGCUUGAGUCUUAACAUGCAGUGCAGGUGUGAGCUGUGUGUGCGUGUGUGUCUGCGUGUCUGGGGGAGCGGUCGCGCAGUGGUUAGCACCCUGCGCUACAAACCGGGGGAUCCGAGUUCGAUUCCUGCUCAGCCUACACCAGUGACAAAUAUAUGUUAAGCUGGUCCUGAGCCUCCUCUAGGUCGACUCAGCCUUAAAUAUGAGUACCUGGUGGGGUGUGUAACAUCAGCGCUGGGGAGACAAACGCAGCCUGCAUGGUGCUGGCCACCCACCCCCUCGUGUGCCAUGCCGGCCUUCAUAGUGCUUGCUAACAGCACUUGUCCCAACAGCCUGUUAGAGGCUAUAUUGGGGGAUCUUUGUGUCUGCGUGGGUGUCUUUGUGCUCCGUUAAAUCACUACAGUUCGGCUCCGUGCACUGCUGUUUCCUACCCAAACUGUAAUCACUACACCCCCUGCAGCGCUGUAUUGUUAUGAAUAUACGAGAAACAAAAAAAAAACUGCGUGUAUAUGUUGUCAUUAUUAAACCAAAGUGUUUCUGGA